GGAAGUAGAAACGUGUUUUAACGACGUGAUUAGCCUACUUUUGAACGGAAUCACAAUUAAAAAGUCGGGAUUAAUUGACAGUUACUAAUUGGCUCUAUAUUGUUCUGACACCUCUGGGGUGGAUGGUUGCUUUCCUCAGGUGAUGGACCGGAAGUGAGCAGCAAAUGAAGAAGGGGGGACCUACACACCAUGAGGUGAGCUCGGCCCACAUGUCUAUUAUUGUGCAUGCUCACUCAUUGGCAUGACACUUAGAGAAUGGAAUGGUGCCAUCAUAAGCCUGAUUGGUCACACCUGCGCUUUUCCUUCAUGGACAAGUUGAAAUGUUUGCCUUACAGCUGUCAGUCUUCUCUUGACUUGAAAUAGAGAUGACCCAUGGUGCUGAAGUCAAGAUUUUGUCUUUUUAUCUGAACAGACCAGUUCCUGCUCAUACUUGGUCUGCGAGCAGCUGUGGUGUUUCUUAUAUUAGUUGGGAUCGCCGUCUAUUUUGCUUGCAAGAAGAAGAAAUACAAGAAAGCUGAAGGCUCUGCUGUCCCUGAAGAGACGGACUUCGAGAACUCUGUUCUGAUGGUUGAUAUGAGAAGUUCUGCAUCUCAACUUUAACUUUCUGAACAAACACCUCACCUGCUAUGAUUGAACACUAGUCUUCAUGGAUGUAAAAAUAGAUUAGAGUCAAAAUUAUAAACUCUUCUUAUUACUCUCAAAUUUACUUCUUACCAGCUCACAAUCACCUUCCUAUAAUAAGUCUAGGUUAUGUGCUGUGAUGUUUUAUGAUCACAUGUGGAGCUGUCUGACCUUUAUGUUUCAUAUAUGUUUGAUAGUUUCUUUGAAGAGAAAUGUUGAUGUUUUGUAGAUAAAAUGUUUUGAUUUUUUUAGUCUGUCUUCUAAAAAUAUUGAUUUGGUAUCAUAAAGAGAAACCUGUCAUUUUAUGAGCUCAUUCACACAUGUGAUUUAAGUGCUUGAGUCUGAAAAUAUUUAAUUAUGUGAAUAUUGAUCUAUUGUUUUUUUUUUCUCAUCUGAUCAUAAUUACAAAUAUAUGUUAAUUCUGUCACUGAGUAAUAAUAUAAAUAAUGUCAACAUUACUUUAAUCAAGCUUUAAUUUAGUUGCUUUAUUGUUCUGUAUUCAAAACCUGUCAGUCAGUCAUGUGACAUCAGUCAGUUCAUGAAAGCUCCCUGUGUGUUGACAUUCUGAUCAUGAACUGUUCCUUUAAUGACAGCUGACACCAGAUUCAUCAUCAGUAUCAGGUGUGAGGUUUCCCUCUACUGGUUCACAGAGGUUACUGUUGUUGCUUUUGUUGACUGAACAAGUGCAGCUUCUACACACUGUACAUGGUGGCUGGCAUGCGCCUUUAAAUAUUGUGAGCAGCCAGUAAACACAGAGAGGAAGAACAAACACACUUGUUGUGUUCAUAACGCCAAACUGCUGCACCUGUGUAGAGCUAUGCAAUGUAGACAGGAGCCAGACAUGUUGUCACUGGUCUGGAUUUUUUUUUACAAGAAGAACAUAACACGAGGAAAAAGAAAAGUCUUAACACAGCUGUGGAAUAUCAAAUAAACCAUUAAAUGCAGGAAAAGUACUAGUCAAUAAAAGAUAAUCAAGGAGCUUUACUGCUCAAGUUGCUUUCCUAAAACAAUCUGCUCACUAGAUAUUGAGUGUAAAUGAUGCUUGUUUGUGUAUAAUACUGAACAGAAAGUAUCAAUAGAGCUGUUAAUGUUUUAAGAAUAAUAAUAAUAAAACGUUCUACCUAUCUAGACAUUUAGUAUUUGUUGCUGCAAGUGUAAUGUCAGAAUGAUUUCUACAUUUACAGGCAUCAAGCUUCAUUGAACAAUGGUCAGUGGAGGACGGCAGACUCUAAUGAGAGGACAGAGAGAGGAAGAUGACGUGAGGAAUUAUACACAUGAGCUUCAAACCCAGAACAUUACAGAGAAAUAGCUCCAGACCACUGUGGGCCAACAGCAUGGUGUGGUUAAAUGUUUUCUUUUUUACACUAUUUACAAUCCUGACUGGGUGAAAUUUUCACUGUGGUCAAGCCAGCCGUGGUUUGCCUUUGCUCGGUCAGAUAAGCUGUAACUUUUUUUCCAGCGCACAAAUGCACUGAUGUUUAUGAUAAUCGUAAAGAAACCAUUCUGAAGAGCUGCUGGGAGUGAAUUUGGGGCAGACUGCAGUCUCACGAUCAGACCCAUGAAACAUACCAUACUUUUACAGUAAUUAUUCCCUGUAAUAAACUGAAGCCUUCAGUUUAUUACUGGGAAGAAUUACCAUGAGAUCCAUUAAGUAUGCCUUUGUGAUACCUUCAGUCUGAAGAUAUCAUGAAGGUAUCCUUCCAAAUUAAGUAAAGGACAAUGUGAGAAAAAAACACCACAAAAAAACCCCCCACAUUGUUUCCAUGAGUAGUCCAAGAUUCAUAUACUGCUGAACUUAGUACUUUCUAGACUACUUGCAUGCACAAUAAUGCACUUCUUAUUAUACAUACACGUAGUCUAGGGAGUAAAAUUACUGUAAAAGUAUCAAAUGUUUCAUGGGUCUGAAACAUAUACAUAUACAUACUUAUAUACAUAACAUGUGCAAGUGCCCUGCCCCUUUCAGUGACAUCACCCCCAUGAAGUCAUCAUUCACAUUUAAUUUCUGUUAAUGUCAUGGUAAAAGCACAGAACAAAAAUCGAUAACACUUGAGCUAAGGUGUCCAAAUUACCUGAAUUCACCUUAUCACAAUAUUAAAGUAAUGUAACUUGAUUACAUGACUUGAUGACAUAUCAAUAAAAAAACAGCUCUUUUUUUUUCAUUGACAACUAUAUUUGUUAAUAUCUGUAUUAUUUAUUUUUUAUGACAAGAGAGAUUACAGGAAACAGGAUGCAGUAUAAAAUCUCAGACCAGGACUCAAACCCAGGGUGAAAGAUGAGACUCUGUUCACUGGAUGCCUGCUCUACCAACUGAGCUAAAGAGCAUUUCUCUAUCCUGCACAAAAUAAGUCCCGCCCACAGAUUUUCUGACGAAUGCAGGUGGAGCGCGCCAAAAUGGGCGGUCUCUCUCGUUUCCCUGCGUGAAGUUAGGGCAUUUCCCUCCAAAACUGCAGGUGCCUGUAUAAAUGCCUGAGGAACUUUCACUCUGGUCCCAAUAGCUCCUCUUUGAGGACACAAAUACGGCAUAAUGAACAGAGCACAACAAAUCCUUCUCCCCUUUGGGAAGAAGAUGGUAAGGCAAGAAGAGGACAAGAGCGGGAGAAAAGGAAAGAAAGUGAGUCUACGUACCUGGUGACUGGCUGCCUGCCCCAUCUACUGGCUCUGACUGCCUUCAUAUCUCCACAUCUGUACUGUACUCUGCUGUCCCUGCCCUCUAGAAGAACUCCAGAGCGAGGAUCCUCAGAGUGUUCCAAGCUGGGGAUUCAGACUUUGUGGCCGCAGCCUGUGCAGAGGCAGAUAGGCCUGCCUGUUUUAUAUGUAAAGCUGCCAGCCAGAAAGCACGGGCCCGCAGGGUACUCCGCACAACUCCUUUGUUGCAGCCAAACUGUGACGGGGUCCCACUGUCUAAGCUGCUUUGCAUUCUGGGAGCACAAGAGAUGGGAAGGACACUAAGGAUGGUAGGUGACACAGCAGGCAUUAGCUCACCUCUCUUGCUCUCGUCCUGGCUACCACCGCCCCCUGCUGUUCGCCGUGGUGAAGCUUGGUUCAGUUUGUCCUUGUUCUUCUUCAUCCCAUGAAUCUUGCAUGCAGUGGAUAUUUUGAUCCAUGACAGUGCAUAUUCCACCGGCGGCUGCGUUCCAUCUCGUCAAAUACGGUCGUCUGUUUCUUUGCCAGUGCUGAUGGAGGAAAGACAUCUCAUUAUUAAUUGAAUUAAGGGGAGUAUUUCUGGAGCAAGGUGAGUUGUGGGCCUGUUAACAAAGAAUUAUUUAUGGAGUGCUUUGAAAUUCCCAGGCACUAAUGGGACUAAGCUCCAUCACUGUCUAUACAGAUAAGAACAUCGAUGCUGUCUCCCGCCUUUUAAUGUAAAUACAAAUCAGCCUGGAAAGAGAUGCUCUUGCUCGUCGAAUACCUCAAAGCAUAGAAUAUAACAACCACAUCCCCAUAAUAUAACAUAAAAAUAUUGACUAGAUGUCUAAUGGAGACUGUUGUAGAGCUUGAGGAAGGGAAACUUACUUGAUUAUGAUGACCAUAGCGCUGUCAGAGGUGCAAUUCCCUAUCCCCGGCUCACCUCUAUGUAGACAUGUGACCAUUGGAAGUCCAGUAAAAAAAAGCUGGACCAUGAGGAGCAUGAUACAAAAGAAAAAUCAUACAGGAAGCUCAUUGAAGCAUCAACAUAUUCAAUUCAAUCAUGUCAGUGCACCUGUGCCUUUGCCACUGAUCCUUUACUCUGUAGUGGUGUGCAGAAUUGACCUUGCUGCUAAUGAGCUGCUAGAGAUACAGGAUAGCUGCGAGCUCUGAGGUCAGACUAGGGACAAACAACAUAAAAGGGCAACAUGGCACAGUGAUGAAGCUCUUAUAGCUACGUGUAGUCCGUAAGAAAUUCUUACUGAGACUUCAAAGUCAUUUUCAUCUUCAGUAAAGUCAACAACAUCUUGUUGGUUUAGGAUCCAGAACAACAACGUCACAACACGUAGUUCUUCAUGCAGUAGUUUUUCCAUAUACAAGAUGUUUUAUGAUAAAUGCACUUAAGAUGAAUAAUAAACAUAGUUUUGUUUUUCUUGUUCCUAUAGCUGAACAUUUGACCUUCACUGUGUAGGACAGUGUGUGUGCAGAGUUCGACGCUAUGAGGCUGCUCUAUGUGUUCUGUUUUGUCUUAAUUUAAGAGGUGGGUCAAUGAGCAUGAUUUGUGACAUCACAAGUCAAAUAAGGUCCAGUUUUUAGCCAAACAGCUGUCCUGUAACAUGAAGCCUCCAGUGUCAAUUUUUUUGAUGGCGACUUGGUUAUAUGUUUGGGCAAAACAGUGAUUUUUGUUACCACUGUCUAAUUCAAGUUUCACACCUUGACUUAGAAUUACUACAUUCAGCCCUGCAACACAAGUGACGUAAAGCUAGCUUCAUCAUUCAUAUAUGUUAAGUUACUUACGUAACGUAUCUUAAAGACAAAUCAUUCUUGACCUUGAAGGGAACCCAGCUCAUCCCUCACUCGGACUCUACUUGCUCUCUGUACUGCCGCAGUAGAGGGAUGCAUGAAGGAGAGAUGCUAGAGGGCUAACUACAGCGUCACUGAGGCAGGCUGCUGCAUCUGACACAUUGGAAGUACAGCAGAGCCCAGUUACCACCAGCUUCGGUACACUCUGCUCUCCAAAGUCAGGUGUGAUUACAGCGUUCAGUGCUGAGGAAAUGGAGGUUCAAGGAGAAACAAGAGGGGUUGUGGGCGUGUGAAGAUGGAAACGAGCGCUGGGUCAUUAGUCUUUGAUGUUUCUUUUUUUUUCCUUUUUAUUCCCUCCUCUGAUGUGACCCGUGACUAAUUCUUCUCCACACUCUUUGCAUGAAUUGUGGGUCCCGUUCACCACGUUAUCAGCCUCAUCCUCCGAUGCGGCUGCGUGCUACGCCUCGGGUUUCAAGGUUGACUGUACUGUGUAGGAGAAUCUCCCUGCUAAUCCAGACUUUAGCCUCCUACCUCUACGCCCCAUCCAUCCAGAAAGUCUCCCGGGACGUGUCUCCAGCUCACAUGCACAAAUCUAUCAUUAGAAAUUAAGCAGGAAAAAUGUGAACCUCCACUCUCUGCUCUCUGCGGGUGAGGUCGGUCACACAAAGCGCCCGAGCGGACUUUCCCUGCCGGAGGAGUCGAGCUCGACUUUCCGCCGAGCAGCAGCAGAGCCGUGAGCACGGCGCCGGUCAGCGGGGCCACACCGCGGCACUUUGGAUAACUCACACACCAGCUGAAGGAUCCCGCCGCUUCGCCAGGGCGCAUCGCGGCUCAUCCGCGUCCCGCACCAAGAGCAGCUUGAACACAUUGCCAUGAAUGCUUCAGUCGGUCAGCAUAGGUGACUUUUGAUUCCCUCUCUCUUCUCUCCCCCCCCCUUCUCCUUUUCUUUUCCAUUCUCUUGGAUUCACUGGGAGAGAGAGAGAGACUGGGGGGAGAUCCACGGUGGCAGCAUAAAGCUCCAAACUCGCAGUUGUGCGUGCAAAGGGAGGGUGCUUUUCGCCCAAGAUGCAGGUGGAUCGGAGCUGCGUGGUCUCCAGUGCGUGCUGUGCGUGCCUGCUUUUACUUUUCUCAACUCUGAGCACCAGGGUCACCGAGGUGGGAGGAACCCACCAAAGCAUCCCCCCGUCCGUGGUGAAGCUGUGGGCUUCAGCCUUUGGUGGGGAAAUGAAGUCCAUCUCUGCAAAGUACUCCGGCUCCCAGCUGCUGCAGAAGAAAUACAAGGAGUUUGAGCGGGCGGUGCGGGUGGAGGAGAUCGAUGGGCUGCGGCUGGUGAAGCGGCUCGCAGAGGACAUGGAGGAGAUGUUUCACAAGAAGGCCCAGGCAAUGAAGAGACUGGUGGUGGCAGCAGAGGAAGCUCACCUACAGCAUGAGGAGGAUCCGGACCUGCAGUAUGAAUACUUCAAUGCAGUGUUGAUCAAUGAGGUGGACGAGCUGGGGAACAGCGUGGAGCUGGGAGGAGAAUUCGUCCUGCAACCGAACGACCAUUUUAACAACCUCUCAGUCAACCUCAGUCUCAGCGUGGUCCAGGUGCCCACCAACAUGUACAACAAAGACUCUGCUAUUGUCAACGGAGUGUACUGGUCCGAGGCCUUGAAUAAAGUGUUUGUGGAUAACUUUGAGAGGGACCCAUCACUCAUAUGGCAAUACUUCGGCAGUGCCAAAGGCUUUUUCAGGCAGUAUCCAGGGAUCAAGUGGAAGCCAGAUGAGCACGGGGUCAUUGCUUUUGACUGUCGCAACCGGAAGUGGUACAUCCAGGCUGCAACCUCUCCGAAGGAUGUGGUCAUCCUGGUGGAUGUCAGUGGCAGCAUGAAAGGCCUCAGGCUGACCAUCGCCAGGCAGACCGUGUCCUCCAUAUUGGAUACUCUUGGAGACGACGAUUUUUUUAACAUCAUUGCUUACAAUGAGGAACUGCAUUAUGUGGAGUCGUGCCUGAAUGGAACUCUGGUCCAAGCGGAUGUCACCAACAAAGAUCAUUUCAGGGAGCACCUCGACAAACUGUUUGCUCAAGGCAUCGGUAUGUUAGACAUAGCUCUGACUGAGGCCUUCAAUCUUCUCAGUGACUUCAACGAGACCGGGAGGGGUAGUGAGUGUAGCCAGGCCAUUAUGUUGGUGACAGAUGGGGCAGUGGACACAUAUGACGCCAUCUUCGCCAAGUACAACUGGCCAGAUAGAAAGGUCCGCAUAUUCCCUUACCUGAUUGGUCGAGAGUCAGCCUUCGCAGAUAAUCUGAAAUGGAUGGCAUGUGCUAACAAAGGCUACUUUACUCAGAUUUCCACAUUGGCAGAUGUGCAGGAGAAUGUGAUGGAGUAUCUACACGUGCUGAGUCGCCCCAAGGUGAUCGACCAGGAGCACGACACGGUGUGGACGGAGGCCUACAUUGAUAGCACUCUCCCCCAAGCUCAAAAGCUGGAGGAUGGCCAAAGUCCGGUUCUAAUGACCACAGUCGCCAUGCCAGUGUUCAGUACCAAGAACGAGACUAGAAACCGUGGCAUUCUACUUGGCGUGGUUGGGACAGACGUGCCUGUUUCUGAGCUGCUGAAGGCCAUCCCCAAAUAUAAGCUGGGCAUUCACGGCUACGCCUUCGCAAUCACCAACAACGGCUACAUCCUCACCCAUCCAGAUCUACGGCCCCUCUACGGAGAUGGCAAGAAGCGCAGGAAGCCAAACUACAGCAGCGUGGAUCUGUCCGAGGUGGAAUGGGAGGAUAAGGAUGACACGCUGAGAAACGCCAUGGUCAACAGGAAGACAGGGACCUUCUCCAUCGAGGUGAAGAAGAGUGUUGACAAAGGGAAACGUGUGCUGGUUUUGCAUAAUGAUUACUACUACACAGACAUCAAGGGGACUCCUUUCAGCCUCGGGGUAGCUCUUUCCAGAGGCCACGGAAAGUUUUUCUUCAGAGGGAAUGUCACAGUGGAGGAAGGGCUUCAUGACUUGGAGCAUCCCGAUGUAGCGCUGGCAGACGAAUGGACAUACUGCAACAUAGACGAGCAUCCAGAGCACCGCUACCUGUCCCAGAUAGAGGCAAUCAAACUCUACCUCAGUGGACAUGAACCUCACCUACAGUGUGACAAGGAGCUGAUUCAGGAAGUUCUCUUUGACGCAGUGGUGACUGCCCCUUUGGAGGCGUACUGGACGAGCCUCGUGCUCAAUAAGUCUGAGAACUCCGACAAAGGGGUGGAGAUAGCCUACCUGGGCACACGAACAGGCCUGUCCAGAAUUAAUCUGUUUGUGGUGCCUGACGAGCUCACAAACCAAGACUUCCUGACAGCUGAAGACAAAGAGGGGGUGUUCAACGCCGAUCACUUUCCUCUGUGGUACAAGAGAGCAGCAGAGCAGGUUCCUGGCACCUUUGUCUACUCUCUGCCUUUCAACUCAGGAUCAGAAAACAAGAGCGUUGUGUUGGCCAGCACUGCCAUUCAGCUUCUGGAUGAGAGGAAAUCACCCAUAGCUGCGGCUGUGGGCAUCCAGAUGAAACUGGAUUUCUUUCAGAAGAAGUUCUGGACAGCCAGCAGACAGUGUGCAGCGUUAGACGGGAAAUGCUCUAUAAGCUGUGACGACGAGAACAUUAACUGCUACCUCAUUGACAACAAUGGCUUCAUUCUGGUGGCAGAGGACUAUACUCUGACAGGGAAAUUCUUUGGAGAAGCAGAGGGAGCUGUAAUGAGUAAGCUUCUACAGAUGGGAUCUUUCAAGAGGGUCACUCUGUAUGACUACCAGGCUCUGUGCUGGGUUUUUUCAGAGAGCAGUGACAGCGGCCACACACUGUUGGAUCCUUACUUUGCUUUCUUUUCUGCCAUGAAGUGGAUCCUGACUGAGCUUGUCAUAUUCCUGGUCGAGUUUAACUUGUACAGCUGGUGGCACUCUGACCUCACAGCUAAAGCCCAGAGGAUGGGUCGGUCCAUGCAGGUUCCAUGUGACACAGAGUACCCGGCCUUCAUCUCUGAGAGAACCAUCAAAGAGAACACAGGCAACCUCGACUGUGAUGGCUGCAUCAAGUCCUUUGUGAUCCAGCAGAUCCCCAGCAGUAAUCUCUUCAUGGUGGUGGUGGACAACAAGUGUGACUGCAGCAUGUUCGAGCCAAUCACCAUGGACCCCAUCGAAAUCAUGUAUAAUGAAUCUCUCAAGUGCGAGAGGUUGAAGAUGCAAAAGGACAGGAGGCGCCCAGAUACCUGUCACCCUUUUCACCCUGAGGAGAACUCAAUGGAGUGCGGAGGAGCUCUGGGUCUCACCCCGUCUCUCACAGCCACACUGCUCUGCCUCGUCCUGGCGCUGUUCCCUAGGUGACCAGAGCUGGCCACGCCUCUCCAUCCAGAACUCGGCUUGGAUCGGCUUGGCUCGGCAUGCAAACCAGUCGCAACAAUGCCACAGAAAGAAACACACUCCUGCCCCUUAGAAAAUUGCGCCCAAUUCCAACUCACAACCUAUAAGGCCCCCUAGCCCUGAGGGUUCCUCCCCACAAGGCACGUAUCUGAAAAGAUUGGUAACAGAUAGCUAUUACAGCUGCUAAGUAGUGAUCAUUAAGGUGCUUUAGCAAUAUCACGAGCCACACGGAGGGGAGAAUGUUUUGAACAUAGUAAUAAAGCCAACAAAAGCACAUAGUAGCUUAAAAAACUGCACCAGUGGUCCCACUGACACUCACACAGCUGCAUUCAGUCCUUUCAGGUAGUAGCAAAGGGCUGGGGUCUGUAGCUGGGCUUGGAACUGGGCAUUAGAGCCACGUAACACCCAUGUGGAGAAAGAAAGGCACAACACCCCCCCCCCCUCGCCCACUCUGACUUUUCAAGGACAAUAAUGAUCCUGAAAAAAUUAAAUAAAAAAUGAAGAUGAAGAUGAUUCUAUGUGGCUGGGGUUAAAUGAAAUGUUUGUCUAAUGAUCUUUCUUUUUUCAUGAUGAGAAAAAAAAAAAAAACAAGUUAUAGUCUAUAUAUGAAGAAAAAAAAAGAGUUUUAUUUAUGAUUUGCAAGUGGUACCCAUAAACUGUGACUAUGAGAUUUCGAGUCCUCUGAUGUGAGUGGUUGUUAAUAUUUGAGCUUUGCCUUAUUGAACAAUAUUGGUCCUGUUUGUGUACUUUUGAAAUAAAAAGAUGUUUAACAUUGA